UGUGAAUUCGGUGUGGUGCAGUUGGAGAAACACAUAAUCCUUCAACCAAAUAAAGAAGAGGAUAUGGCGGCAAUGGCGGCGCUUCAGAGCUCAUUUACUUCUCUAAAUCUGUCGAGCAACUCUUUCCUCGGCCAACGCUUCUUCUCUCCCUCUCUCCACCUGCCGGCGGUUAAAUCAACUGACCCACCAAGUUCAGUUGUUGCAAGGCUUAAGCGAUGGGAGCGAAAAGAGUGCAAACCAAACAGCCUACCGGUGCUACACAAAAUGCACGUUAAAGUUGGGGAUACUGUAAAAGUCAUAGCUGGCAAUGACAAAGGAAAAAUUGGUGAGGUUACAAGGGUUAUUAAACAUAACAGCCGCAUAGUGGUAAAAGAUAUUAACUUGAAGACCAAGCAUGUGAAGAGCAAGGAAGAGGGCGAGCAAGGGCAAAUAAUCAGGAUCGAAGCACCUCUUCACAGUUCAAAUGUGAUGCUUUAUUCCAAAGAGCAGGAUGUGGUAAGCAGGGUUGGUCAUAAAACCCUGGAAAAUGGUAAACGUGUUCGUUACCUCGUAAAGACUGGAGAAAUAAUUGACAGUGCAGAGAACUGGAAAAAAGCGGUGAAGGAGAAGGAACAAUCAACAGAAGUAGCUGCUGCCUCUUAGGAGACCAGGUGCUAGAUUUUCUGAACAUUCUAGUUUCUAAAAAUCUUUAAGUUCUACCCCUUUCUUCAACUAAUUUGGUUAUGUUUUUUAAAACUCAUUUCCACCAUCUGAAUGAUCAAACUUGCAAAAAAUUUUGAUGUAUACUGUAGUGAAUUGUACUUUUUGCUUGUGAAUAGCAACAUCAUUUGCCACAAUUGAUGGAAAUUCUUGUUGGUUUUUA